GUUCUUUGCCUUUUGUAAUAAUGGCGAGCUUCUUUGACAACCGAGCCAGACAAGCUGCGGCGGCGGCGGCGGCGUCAGCGAGCUCGUCCAAGCAACAAGCGCCCACACAGGACAACAGGCUUCAGCCAUGGGUGGAGAAAUACCGACCCCGGUCUCUGGACGACGUUACUGCGCAAGAUCAUACCGUCACCGUGCUCCGGCGCAUGCUUCAAUCCUCCAACCUCCCGCACAUGCUCUUCUACGGGCCACCCGGUACUGGCAAGACGUCGACAGUGCUGGCGCUUGCCAAGCAGCUGUACGGGCCUGAGCUGAUAAAGUCGAGAGUGCUUGAGCUCAAUGCCUCUGACGAGCGCGGCAUCAGCAUUGUCCGCGAGAAAGUCAAAGAUUUCGCCCGCAUGCAACUUUCCAACCCUCCUGCCGGUCCAGCAGGAGAGGAGUACCGCAAGAAGUACCCAUGCCCGCCCUACAAGAUUGUCGUCCUAGACGAGGCAGACAGCAUGACUCAAGACGCGCAGUCUGCGCUGAGAAGGACGAUGGAGACAUACAGUAAGAUUACGCGCUUCUGCUUGAUCUGUAACUAUGUGACGAGGAUCAUUGAUCCGCUGGCAAGUCGAUGUAGCAAGUUUCGCUUCAAGAGUCUCGAUGAGGCAAAUGCUGGGAAGCGUUUGGAGGACAUUGCUAAGCUAGAGAACGUAAGGUUGCAGGAUGGCGUGAUAGAGACGCUGUUGCGGUGCAGUGAGGGUGACCUGAGGAAGGCAAUAACCUUCUUGCAGAGCGCUGCGAAGUUGGUGGGCGCUGUACAAGCGCCGGCUGGCACAUUGCCGGACAAGAAGCGGAAGCGUGCCAAGAUAGAAGACGAUGAGGACGAGGAUGCUAUGGAUGUCGACCAGCAGACCACGGGUGCCGAAUCCCCAGCAGUGACCGUCCGCAGCAUUGAAGACAUCGCCGGCGUCAUCCCAGAUGGUACCAUUGAUAGCCUCUUCACAGCAAUGCAGCCGAGCUCGAAGGGCACCAUCUACGGCCGGGUGGCGAAGGUGGUUGAAGACCUCAUCGCAGAAGGCUGGUCAGCGUCGCAGAUCGUGAACCAGCUCUAUGACCGGGUGGUUGUUCAUGACGAAGCGACUGGAGACAGGCAGAAAGCCAGGAUUGUUUGCAUCUUCUCUGCUGUGGACAAGAGGCUGGUCGAUGGCAGCGACGAGCAUCUUACCAUACUCGAUCUUUGUCUGCAGAUUGCGGGCAUCUUAGGCGAGCGGUGAAGCUUCGUGGAAUGUACAUAUGCUUACAGCGUAGGCGUCUGGCGUAGCUUAGUGACUGACAACUCUUGCACCUGCGAGUCUCUUUCAGGCAAUGAUGCAUUGCAGGCUACUUCGUCGCCUCAGCUUCGCUUUAUUUGGGCGGCUGCUAGCGUGGCAUCUUUCUGAUCCACUUCGGCAUCACAAGCUGAAGCACUACACUGAAGAUGCCGCAACGAGGUACCGUUCGUCAGCAGUAGAGUGGUCUAUGUGAAUACCUACCCACUGGAUGGAAAGUAUAGUCAGACCAGAGUCAGUCUGAUAACCAAGACAAACAAAGCUCAUAUAGAUUCUUCGAGGAGUCAAUCUCUAAGGAGCCGCCAGUGAAUGUCCUUGACAUUCCCGCAUGAUGAGGGAUGAAUCUCUUUUGCUUGAUCGGUAUCUUUGCUGUCGUUCUA